UUGGUGUCUUCCUUCAUUUCUUAACUUGCAUAUCUAAUGAGCCUUAAGCCACGGAUAAAUUACGCAGGACUAGAGACAGCUCUCGGAGUUGCACAAACUAGUUUGCCAUUUGUACUGUAAGCUGACAAGAUAAAAGGGAUUAUACACUGUAGUUAAACUGUUUUUUUUUUAUCAAUUACGACUCAAAUAACAUGAUGGAGAUGCUUGAAUACAGCCACUACCAGGUGCCGUCUCACCUGGAUAAUCCCUCCAAGUACCACAUCCAGCAGCCUCAGAGGCAGCAGGUGAGGCAGUUUCUGUCCACGACCCUGGGUGGUAAAGCCGGCAGUCAGUGUCCCAGCCAGCCGUCCGAGUACGGCAUGCCGCCUGGACCCGGGAGCAGCGCCCCCAACAGUCCCAUGGCUCUGCUCACACUCAGCUCCAACUGUGAAAAAGAAAUGGAUGAUGUCAUUGAUGAUAUCAUUAGCUUAGAGUCCAGUUAUAAUGAAGAUGUGCUUGGACUGAUGGACCCAGGACUCCAAAUUAACAACCCGCUCCCCGUAUCUGGAAACCUUGAUGUGUACGGCAAUCAAGGACUUCCACACCUGGGCCUGGCCAUCAGCAACUCCUGUCCACCAAGCAUUAAAAGGGAAUACACAGCUCCUGGCAUGAAGCAAGUACUGGACAAGUCUGGAUCCUGUGGUCACUAUGAAAACUAUCAAAGGCAAGAGGGUUUUCCAGUAGAGGCUGAAGUUCGCGCUCUCGCUAAAGAGAGACAAAAGAAGGACAAUCACAAUUUAAUUGAACGAAGAAGGAGAUUCAACAUCAACGACCGCAUCAAAGAACUGGGAACUUUGAUCCCUAAGUCAAAUGACCCAGACAUGCGCUGGAAUAAGGGCACCAUUCUCAAAGCCUCAGUGGACUAUAUCAGGAGGCUGCAGCGAGAGCAGCAGCGAGCGAAGGAGCUUGAGUGCAGGCAAAGGAAGCUGGAGCACGCAAACCGCCAUCUGAUGCUUCGUAUACAGGAAUUGGAAAUCCAAGCCCGGGCCCAUGGUCUCACAGUGGUGUCAUCCCCAUCUGUCUGCACAUCAGAGUUAUUGGCACGAGCCAUUAAACAGGAGCCCAUCCUGGACGACUGCCCAUCAGAGCUCUACACUAACAGUUCAUCCUCUGACAUGUCCCCUCCGACCACACUAGACCUCAACAACGGCACAAUCACCUUCGACCAGAUUCCUGCAGACGCAGUGGACCCCGGGCCCUAUGGGAACUCCAGGAACUGUAAAAUAAAGGAGUUGGUAAGGGACAACACCUUGUCCUCCAUGUCUCCAGACAGUUCCAACAACAUCAGCAGCCGUCACAGUUCCAGCUCCAGUAUGGAGGAGAAGGAGCACAGCUGUUAGCAUUUUCCCAGUGCUGUGAAACACACUGACUCUCACCCAGUCUGUAGCAUCCCAUUAAUGAGGCUCCGGAAUUAAAUUAUCCACAUGACUAAGUGGAUUGAGGAACCUGAAGCUAAUUUAAUUUUGACUCUAUAUUAUAUAUACUUUCUUAAAGUGCGUGAAAAGGAAUAAAAAUGACCUUCUUAUGAACCACACUGAUAAAUAUGAUCAGUGUGAUUACAGUGUUUGUACAGAAUAUUAAAUAAAUAAAAAAUAAAGAGAAGCAACAUUUUUAACAUUUUGGUCGCAGUUUAACAACAUACGGUAUGUACGGUAUGUCCUCUCUCUUCCUCUUUCUCGGCUCUACUUGUUUGUUUUUUUUGUUCUGUUUUUUUCAUUAGGGAUAAUACUUGUUACUUUUUUUAGUACCUGGCGAGCUGAGCUGAUAGUAAAAUGUGAAGUAGACAGACUGUCGGCCACUGGUGGUCAGAGUUUGGUCACUGGAAGAGCCAUUAGCACGACAUCCGAUACAGGAAUCAAACCGAACAAUGCUGAAAUGUAGAUCAGUUAUAAAACGAAAAAGUUGAGAAAACGUAAAAUAUCAAGGCAACAUGAUGCAAGAGAUUUUUGAGUUUUCUCAACUUUUGCCAGCUGUUGUUGACUUAACUAAGGUUUUUAAGUUUUGCCAAGAGUUCUGCCAACUCAGAUCUUUUUGUUCACCUUAUGAGGAUAAUACUGUGAGACCAAUAAAGAACUUCUUGCUUGAACACAA